AUGUUGGCUAUCGACAGCACGCAGCCACCGCCGCUGUCCAGAAAGGCAUCAAUCUUCCGACGCUUCACAAGGCGCGAAAGACCUCUUGAGAUAUCGAGUCCUAUCAUCGCCGAAGUAAACGAACCACGAUCACCACAGAUACCACAAUCACCUCCUCGAUCGAACCACUCAAGCCGACCAAGCACAGACACCACAUCCUCCACGCACUCCCGCGUAUCUCGCAAUGCCCACGCCACAUCUCCCUUCCCACACAACACACGCAUAGGAGCAUGGGAUCUAUUCCUGCCACCGUCGCAGGUCCAUGCACUAUAUACUGGCUUCUACCCUGAGAGCAUUGCGGACCAAUGGUUUGUGUUCUCGGAAGGACCUGAUGUUAAUGGCAAGUUAAAAGUACACUUCCAUCGUGCGUGGACAGGGUUGAAGGUCGCAGAGCUGUUUGUGGUUAUGGAUCUGAAAGGGGAGGGUGCCGGGAAGGUUGUAGGGAUUAAGUGGGAUGGGGGUGAGCAGACGAGUUGGAUGGUUGAGGAGCAGGCUAAGAGGACUGUUAGGGGGGGCUGUAAGGAGGCUUUGGGCAUCGAAUUGGAGGGUGAGGAGUUCUGAGGAGCUGCCAAUGCGUCGUUGGUUCUUCUUUCUUUUAGAGUCUGUCACCAGAUCUGUUUCACGCGUUCAGCAAGCGUGUCAUCUUUCCUUGUCUAUUGAGGCACUGAGCCUCUGGUAGGUCACGACACCUACGUCCUUGCUGCCAAUAUUGGUAUCAGCUAUCUUUGUAAUGUCUUACAUUAAUUCGACACUUUGAUACUGCC